UGGAGGUGGUGGCGGAGGAGGAGGCUGUGGAGGAGGCUGCGGAGGAGGCGGUGGAGGUGGAUGUGGAGGAGGCUGCGGAGGUGGUGGUGGAGGAUGUGGAGGCGGCGGCGGUGGUGGAUGUGGAGGUGGAUGCGGAGGAGGCGGUGGCGGAGGAGGCUGUGGAGGAGGCUGUGGUUGUGGACGAAGAAAGCGUUUGGCUCUUCUCCAACGAACGGCUGUCAAUGCUGCCUAGAUAUAAAAUUAUUUACACUUACAUAUUUUUGUAUUCUACGUUUUGUAAUAUUAGUUAUAGUGCACUAAGGCAU